UGCCUUAUUAUCCUCAUGCUGCCUUCAAGUGAUGCUCCUCGCCGGCGGGACCACGCAAUGGUGGGCUACCCCUCACGGGACCAGCUUUAUUUUUCUCUUGCUGGAAAAGGACGCUGACGGAUGAAGGAUUGCGGACACGUGAGGCUUCUUCGGAAGUGGAUCAUCACCAAAGGGGGGACACUUCGGGAAAAGAGGAGCGAACAUCGGUACCACUCCAACGGAGCCGAGCGAAGGAGCAUCAACAUGAUUUGUAGUAUAAAUAGAGACGAUCCGGGGAUGAAGUGAGUGAGCGAGCUCGGUAACUUCGCCAUGAAAUCAGUGUUCUUAAGCCGCUUCUUCAUCCUUCUGCCAUGGGUCCUAAUAGUCAUCAUCAUGAUCGAUAUAGACAGCAAAAGAACCAUUUGGUCUCCCGUCGCAGUCCGGGGCAGCAGGGCGCAGCGGGCGGCCCUGCCGGUCAUCUACGCCAUCACCCCCACUUACACGCGCCCGGUGCAAAAAGCCGAGCUGACCCGACUCGCCCACGUUUUCCGACAGGUGCCCCAGUUCCACUGGAUCGUGGUGGAGGACUCCACUGUGAGAACGGACCUGGUGAGCCGCUUCUUGGCCCGGUGCGGCGUGUCCUACACGCACCUGCACGUCUUCACGCCCCGCAGGUUCAAGCGCGUCGGGAUGCCGCGUGCUACCGAGCAGAGGAACGUGGCCCUGGGGUGGCUCCGGCAGCACCGGACGCGCCACGACGCGGGGGUGGUCUUCUUUGCCGACGAUGACAACACGUACAGCCUGGAGUUAUUUGAGGAGAUGCGAAACACUCGAGGCGUGUCCGUAUGGCCAGUGGGCUUUGUGGGUGGCAGAGCAUAUGAGCGCCCACUAGUGUCAGGGGGCAAAGUUGUGGGCUGGUACACAGGCUGGAGACCGGAUCGACCCUUUGCCACUGACAUGGCAGGUUUUGCAGUGAACCUCCAAGUGAUCCUGGCAAAUCCAAGGGCGCAGUUCAAGAGGCGGGGCUCCCAGCCGGGCAUGCAGGAGUCCGACUUCCUUAAGCAGAUCACCAAGGUGACGGAGUUGGAGCCCAAGGCCAAUAACUGCACUCGGGUGCUUGUUUGGCACACCCGCACAGAGAAGCCCCACCUUGCAAACGAGUCCAAACAUCCAAAGGACAGUGUGGUCAUUGAGGUGUGAGACACAACUGGAACUUGCUAUCAGCAUACCGCCCUCCCUAAUCAUCACUAAGGAGUCAAGACAGAGCCUAUCCCAAAAGGUGGACUACACUCUCGACUGAUCACCUGUCAGUCACUGGGUGAAAAAAGGGUGGUCGCUUAAACCAAGGACGACCACUAAGACAACGGAAAAAAAUUAAACACGGGUUGUGUUCAGGUGUUCAAAUGUGUUUUUUUUUUGUAUUAACAAAUGAAUGGCAGCGUAUGAUACUGUUAUAUAAACCUAACAAAUCAAUGCUUGUUGUCUGUCACAAUAAUUGCCAACAUACGUGUGGGAAAUAUGUAUUUGAUCCCCUGCUGUUUCUGUAAGUUUACUAACUUAUAAAAAUAUCAACCGGACAGAAUUUGUACGGUACGGAAAAUGUAAAAAAAUGCACAUAUUAAGGUUGUGGGUUCGAUACUAUAUCUACGAUUAUAUCGAAUUAUCCCUGGGCAAGAUACAGAACCCAGGGUGUACCCCACUUCUCGCCUAAAGUUUUUUUUUAAAAAAAACAGGCGAGUCUGGAAACACAACGCAGCGCAGAGAAUCCAUGACUCCUCUGUUAGCAUCCAGUCAUCGUUGUGCUUUAUGAUGGUUGCAACAGUCGAGCGGUUAGGACCAAAAUUGGGCGUCAUCGUUUUUGACUUCCAUGGUGAUGACUUUCCUUUUCUUUGGCACACUUCUGGUUGGGUUGGGAAAAUUCAUUCAUUCAUUCAUUCAUUUACUACCGCUUAUCCUCACAAGGGUCGCCGGGGGUGCUGGAGCCUAUCCCAGCUGUCUUCAAAGCGAGAGGCGGGGUACACCCUGGACUGAUCGCGAGCCAAUCACAGGGCACAUAUAGACAAACAACCAUUCACACUCACAUUCAGUUUUUCAAAAUGUAUGGGGGUCCACUAACCCAGGAGACCAGGGUUCAAUUCCACCCUCAGCCAUCUCUGUGUGGAGUUUGCAUGUUCUCCCUGUGCAUGUGUGGGUUUUCUCCGGGUACUCCGGUUCCGCCCACAUUCCAAAAACAUGCUAGGUUAAUUAGCGACUCCAAAUUGUCCAUAGGUAUGAAUGUGAGUGUGAAUGGUUGUUUGUCUAUAUGU